CUUCAGGAACAAAAACAGUGGCAGAUAAACUGCAGCUACACCAAGAGCAUUUAUCACAAACCUUCCUGGAGCUGGUGUUCCUUGCAGUUUUAAGAAAGAUGGCGGAAAACAGAGAAAAGGCUACGGAUCAGAUGAAGCUGUGGAAAGAAAGUAGAGGAUCUCAGCGAGCCGACGUGUUGACCACAGGAGCGGGUGUUCCCGUUGGCGAUAAGCUGAAUGUUCAGACGGCGGGACCCCGGGGGCCGCUGCUGGUGCAGGAUGUCGUCUUCACUGACGAGAUGGCCCACUUUGACCGCGAGCGCAUCCCUGAAAGGGUGGUGCAUGCCAAAGGAGCAGGUGCAUUUGGCUAUUUUGAGGUGACUCAUGACAUCACGCGCUACAGCAAAGCCAAGGUGUUUGAGCAUGUGGGCAAGACAACUCCCAUCGCUGUGAGAUUCUCUACUGUGGCUGGUGAGUCUGGUUCAGCUGACACAGUCCGGGACCCUCGAGGUUUUGCAGUGAAAUUCUACACUGAAGACGGCAACUGGGACCUGACAGGCAAUAACACACCCAUCUUCUUCAUCAGGGAUGCAUUUCUGUUUCCAUCCUUCAUCCACACUCAAAAGCGAAAUCCUCAGACUCACCUGAAGGACCCUGACAUGGUGUGGGACUUUUGGAGCCUGCGUCCAGAGUCUCUGCAUCAGGUGUCUUUCCUCUUCAGUGAUCGUGGAAUACCUGACGGAUUUCGCCAUAUGAAUGGCUACGGAUCCCACACCUUCAAACUGAUAAACUCUGACGGCAACCCUGUCUACUGCAAGUUCCACUACAAGACUGAUCAGGGCAUUAAGAAUCUGACUGUGGAGGAGGCAGACCGUUUAGCCUCCACUGAUCCUGACUACGCCAUCCGUGACCUUUACAACGCCAUCGCCAAUGGCAACUUCCCCUCCUGGACUUUCUACAUCCAGGUCAUGACCUUUGAGCAGGCGGAGAAGUACCCAUGGAACCCAUUUGAUCUGACCAAGAUUUGGCCCCAUAACGACUACCCCCUGAUUCCAGUUGGACGCUUUGUGUUGAAUAAAAACCCUGUAAACUAUUUCGCUGAGGUGGAGCAGCUGGCGUUUGACCCCAGUAACAUGCCACCAGGUAUCGAGCCAAGUCCUGACAAGAUGCUGCAGGGUCGUCUCUUCUCUUACCCUGACACCCACCGCCACCGGCUUGGAGCCAACUACCUCCAGCUGCCUGUUAAUUGCCCUUAUCGUGCCCGUGUGGCCAACUAUCAGAGAGAUGGACCCAUGUGUAUGACUGACAACCAGGGAGGAGCUCCGAACUACUUCCCCAACAGCUUCAGUGCCCCAGAUUGUCAGCCUCGCUUUAUGGAGUCCAAGUUUAGAGUCUCUCCUGACGUCGGACGCUACAACAGCUCGGAUGAAGAUAAUGUGACCCAGGUUCGCACUUUCUUCACCAAGGUCCUGAACGAUGCUGAACGCGAGCGUCUAUGCCAAAACAUGGCAGGACAUCUGAAAGGAGCUCAGCUCUUCAUUCAGAAGCGCAUGGUCCAGCGUCUGACGGCAGUGCACCAGGAUUACGGCUCUCGCGUUCAGGCGCUGCUUGACAAGUAUAAUGCAGAGAGCAAGAUGAACUCCGUCCACGUGUAUAAGCAGGGAGGUUCAUCUGCUGUGGCUGCGCCGUCCAAGAUAUGAUGUGUGGAAAUUCUCUCUCUCUCAUUGCAUUUAAAACUGCAGCACGCACCUAACAAGAGCACUUGUUCUUUCUCAUAUCAUUUAAGCUUCAAGACUUUAAAGUGUUACAAGUGUGACUGAAUAACAUUCUCCAUAAGAUAAUUUUCAAGAAGAUGAAAAAAAGCACUAAUUUUUUUUUUUUUUUUUUUUUAAAUUGUCCAUCUGUCUCAACAGAAAUGUGAACAUUAUAAAUGCUGAGGAAAUGCUAGGAAAAAUAACUUGGAGACAUGAGAAACAUUUCUUCAGUGUGCAGGACAGCUUUGUUGGUGAUACUGAUGUAUUUUGUAGGCUCAGUACACAUAACUCUAGUGUAAGUCACAUUUCUCUCAUUCUCCUUAAGUGAUAUUUCCAUAAAGAUGAUGAACGCAUCCUUUCAUUUUCCUCUUAGUUUUUUUUCACCCAUCCUGAUACAAUAAAAACGUUAAGUAAGUAAAGCUAAAAGUAAAGUUUUCCUCAAUUUAUUUCCAGAGUAGCAAGCUAAACCUUCAAGGUAGGUUAUGUAGGGAAUGGGUAGGGUAUGUUUCUAGUCAAGGUGUUUGUCGUCAAUUAUUAUUAUUAUUAUCUUCUCCGUUAAAAAAAUCCUCAGUUUCAUUAAAAAACAAAUGAACUUGAGUGACUUGAUGGCAUAUUCCCUACACGUUUUCUCUGUCAUAACUGCAAAUAAAAAUCACAAUAGUGAUUACAUCUUCAUGUAAUCAGCCUUUAGUGUUUUGAAAGAUUUAGUUCUAUCUACAUGGAAUUAUGUUUUAUUAAAUACAUCAGUACUCCUUGUGAGGUUGACGUGGCUCACAUGUUAAAAUGUUUCUCGGAAGUGCAGUGGUUGAGGUGGUUUCAUUGUUUAUCUGCUUGCCGUAGCAGUACAGCCUAACAUGCUCUUGCAGGUUAAUGUAGUUACACCUACUACUGUGUGAAUAAUCAUUCACUAAUGAUAGCUUGAUAUUUUCAUUGUCAGCAUUAACUAGACACACCCUUGAAGUGUGUCUGUUGUAAUAUUACAAUGUUAAUCACUGUAAUAGUGUUGCAGUAAGGUACAACAGACACUAAGUGUAUUUCUAAUUAAUGCUGACAUUAAAAAGUAUCAACAUUUGCUACAAUUUUACCAGCUAAGCAAUGUAAUUUUUUUUUUUCAAACUUUGUUAUGUGGAUAAAGAAAUGUUUUAGAGUUUGAAAUCAGAAUUAUGAUCAGAAUGAUGUGAUGGCCACAAUGCAACUGUGCCUUACUGAAGUCAUUUACUGAUUAACAUGUAAACUACAGGAUGUCCCAAAAGUCUCCAUACACAGGAUGCCGGCACCAUGUUGGUUGUGUCUUUGUCAGUGCAGGUUCGUAGAUGUCCACUAGUUGGUUGGUCCUCAACAGGUCCAGUCUUUUUGAAUUUGUUAAUAAGUUUGUCAACAGUGUCGUGUGUGAUGUGCUCGCCAUGUUUCCUGUUAAAGUCCAUCGCAGCCUUGCGACAGCUUCCCGAUCCAGCCAUGAGAAUGAUUUCAAUACGUUCUUGUUUUGUCAAAUGUAUCCUUAAAGGCAUUUCUUUAAAAAUAUAUGUAAUGUAAGUAUGAAAAAUGUUAGACAUUUUGCUAACAAGUGUUAAUUUCCUCUAUGUAUGGAGACUUUUGGGAAACCCUGUAUAAUUAGAUGUAUUUUAAGGAUUAUGUUGAAAAAACAUUUUUGUGCUAAAUGACUAAAUUGUUUUGGUUGUCCCAUAUCCCAUUAUAGAAUAGUCUGAUCCUUGCUAAUUGUAUGAAUCCUUUGGAUGUUAUGCUCUACUGAAUUCAAUAAAUCAUAAUUUGCUAUGCA